CGCCCCCGCCUGUGCCGCGGCCCGCGACAAGAGCUGUGGCCCGCCACUCGCUGCCGUGGCAGGCGGCCGCCGGCAGCGCCGGGCGCCUUGCGCGCCCGUGCGGGCCAGUCCGGCCGGGCGUCAGUGGCCGCGGGCGGCCGCGCUGAGGGGCUGGCGUGGGGGGGGUGGGCGGCCAAUUUCCCUGACGACGGGAAAGCGCUCCUUGAGUUCCGGAGCAACGGCGGAGCCGUAGCGACGGGGCUGAGGUAGCCAGCCUAGAGCUGAGAACAUCAGCAGCGUACAGCAGGACGCGUCAUCGAUAAGCAACGUCUUGUUUUUUGUUUUACCACCUAUAUGUAUGUGCUUGUUCCGUCAAUACGCAACCUGCUUCAACAGUGGAAUAUAUUUAAUAUGGACUCUGCUAGUUGUGGUUGGAAUUGGAUCUGUUUACUUUCAUGCCACCCUCAGUUUCCUGGGCCAGAUGCUGGAUGAGCUGGCUAUUCUCUGGGUUCUGAUGUGUGCUCUGGCCAUGUGGUUCCCUAGGAGAUACCUGCCCAGAGUUUUUCGGAAUGACAGGAGCCGAUUUAAAGCUGCCGUAGGUGUCCUGUCUGGAGUUACUACCUGCCUCGCCUUCAUUAAGCCUGCCAUCAACAACAUCUCGCUAAUGACUCUGGGUGUUCCCUGCACAGCUUUGCUCAUUGCUGAGUUGAAGAGAUGUGAAAACCUGCGUGUGUACAAACUGGGUCUCUUUUCAGGUCUUUGGUGGAUGUUAGCACUUUUCUGCUGGAUCAGUGACAAAGUGUUUUGUGAGAUCUGGUCCUCAUUUAACUUCCCCUAUUUGCACUGUGUAUGGCACAUUUUGAUUUGCCUUGCGGCGUACCUGGGCUGUGUCUGCUUUGCUUACUUCGAUGCUGCCUCUGAGAUCCCUGAGCAGGGCCCUGUCAUAAAGUUCUGGCCCAGUGACAGAUGGGCAUUCAUUGGGGUUCCCUACGUCACCCUCCUCUGCGCACACAAGAAAUCACCUGUGAAGAUCACAUGAAGUUGGCCAUGGAAUGGGGAUGGAGUUUCAUCUUACAUUCCAGCACAGACAGUAUUUAAAUAAUGAUAAAUGAAUAGGGUUGUAUUUUAUCUUCUUCCUAAGAUAUGCAGCACUUCAGGUGUCAUAGAAAGAGGAGGUGAGUGUGUUCCUUCCUCUCUCUGGAGAGGAGAGAGGAAGCGGGAAGCAGGAGGCCCUUGAACACUAAAGUAACCACUAGCUUCUUUGGUUGGCUCUGUUUUGCACUGUGUUUUCAGUGUAGCAUUUCUCUUGCUAAAAGCUCUUUCCAAAUACCAGGGUCAAGGAAUUAUGUUUCUGCAGGAGGCCACCUCUGGUGCUUGCUUCAAUUCUUUUCUAACUUCUGGCUUAAGGCCUUCUUUGCGAAAGAAGCCGGUCCAAGGUGCCUACAUGCCAUCUUGUGUCCUUCUUAGCUCUGAUUUUGAUGUGGUUGCACAUGGCCACAAGAGUGUGCUCAAAGCACGUGCUCCUCCCAGCCCAGCGUCUAACACAGGGAGCCUGGCUGUGCAUCACAUCGGAUCACAGAGCAUGUGGUUGCUUCCCCAAGUACCACAGGAGACCAGUGCAAAGUGUUUGCAGCUGGGUAACUGGUUCAGUGUAGUUAGGCAGUGUAAAUGCGGGACUAGCUGACAGAACAUUCAGUCCCUAAAACUAAAUAGGAGUUCAAGGGUUUUGAAUUUUUCUGUAUUUCCACUGACCUGUGGACAUCUGUAUGCUGCAUAUUUCCCUCUUACAGAAAUGUCAUGGAAAUCCCUCUCUACCUCUACAGACAUGUUUGGUCUGAAUUUGGCAUUGAAGCUCACACAGAAGUGUGAACAUUAACUUCAGUGAGAGCUCAGGUCAGCAUGGAUUGACAGCGUCAUUAAACUAUAAAAGCUCGCAGGUGCCUAGCUGUAUGUCUGAUUUGAGAGUUAACUUCUCACAAAUGUAUUGCAAAGUAACAUGAACAAUAGUCCAGUGCUCUUCUAGUUAUACUUAGGAAAAAAGUAGAUAACAGCUUAAAAACCAAGCUGAAGACUUAGAUUUCAGUGAGCAAUGAAAUGUGACCUUGCAUUCAUACAAAAGACUGGUAGAUUCAAGUUUUCUGUUUAUUUUCAGCCUGUUUUGUAAAGAUAAGGGGUGUCUAGAUCAAUUUAGUUUUAAGGUUGUACUUUGGGGUUGAGGUUCAGGAAUGGCUAUGGUCCUUGCUGUGCAAUUUAUGCUACGUCUGUUUAAAAAAAAUGAUGCAAAGUGCAGGCAUGUUUUUCAAAUAUUAGCAAUUGUAGCUGCUAAUAGCUGCAGUGUUGGAGAAAAUAGGAUCUGCUUACAUUCCACCUAAUAUCAGAACUGUAAGUGGAUUAAGGCUUUGGAUGUACACUUUUGUUAAUAAGUGGUAUUUCCUUUUUGAAUAUUAGACCAAGAAAUACCAUUUCCUCUGUGCUUUGCUAAGAAGUCUCAUGUUGUACUUGUUCUUUGUCAAUGUGAAAAUGUAGUCUAUACAGUAUCAUCUUUAGGAAUGUGGCUUUUAACAAGAACUUCGGGGUGAAUUAACUUUCAAGCAUUGUAAAACCUUUCAGAUAACUUUUGUAUUCAAAUUUAUGCCUAGAAAACAAGAGCUAAGGUGUAUGCUGUUACACUUAAAGCAAAGUUAUUAGUGGAAGAUAUGACUGUCUUUUUGAGAACUUCAAAGCGAUUGACUGACAGAUCAUAAAAGCAGCAAAACCUGUCUGGUGGAACUAUGCAGAUUUGUACCACUUGCUAGUAGAUCUGUCUGAGAGAAAUGUGUUUUUUGGACACACAGUCAUAUAAUUCUUAUAAGAAACUUGUUUGUAAAAAUUCACACAGUAAUCUUUGUUACUCUUUGAAACACAGCUGUGUUUUCCUUCCUCUCUCUCUAAUUAUGAAAUGCUCAGUUUUAAACACUUCUCAGGUAUUAAAAGUCAUAUGAUUAGAUCGUUGUACAGAUAGGCUUGCUGGCUGGAACUCGGCUAAGGUUGCUGAUGCCUGACAUGGCCCUACUUUGAGUAAGAUUUUUCAAUAUUGUUUUCUAAAUUAUUAUGUUAUGGUAAAUAAGUUAUUUUCAGUAUUGCUUGGGAAAUUAGUAACUGCAGACAUAAUGUACUAUUCAAAAUGACUGGAGCCUUCCUACUUAAUAUUUUGUUUGAAAGCAACCUCUGAAUCAAAGGGCUCUAAUCAGCCUGCUGUCAACUACUGUUUUCUGCUCUGCAGAGUCUGACUGCUCACAAAGAAGUAAUUUUAUAAUUUAAAAAAUGGCAGUAGUGCAUUCAGCUAUUGCAGAGGUGAUUGAAUGCAGGUACAGGCCAAGAAUCAUCUCCUGUAUUUUUAUUAACUAACCUCUAACCUUUGUACUCUUCAUAGGAGAUUCUGUGAACAAAAGUCACUCACUAUCUGAUACUCAAAGCUCUGCUGUAGAACUGGUUGGGGGUAUUCCACUGCAACAGCAGCCCACCACUUUUAGAUAUAGCUACUGCACUUUACAUUAAAUUAAUAUUGACUUACAUGUUCUGACAAAAGCUAUGUUUAUUUCAAAAAAGAAAAAACAUGCAGUUUUCACCCAAUUCACAGCUUUACAAGUUGCACUUUGGACUAAGGCUCCAUUUCAUGAUUAACUUUAGUACCCAAAGAAGUAUGUGACUGGCAUACAGAGUGGUUUGUGCACUGCCCUGAUCAUGCAGAUGAAUAGACAUGCACACAAGUAGCUGUAUUAUGUUGGAGUAUAAAGUGAUAUAUAUGCACCCUUUAAAGCCCCAGAAUGCUUUCUUCUCUUGCUGGCAGGAAGCAAGUGGGCUCCUAGUCCUUGGGUUCAAUUAGUAUUUUAGCUUAAUUAGUGGGAUGCAAUAGUGUGUUGAGCAUAAUGUAGAUUCUGUAUAUUGGCGUGUGGUAUCCAUCAUUCCUUGAAUGUUAAACUUUAGGUUAUUUAGGAAAGGACAUUUAGCUCUCAGUGAUGGCAAACACUUGCCCAAUACACAGUCACUAAAAACUCAAUAAAUAGUAUGUAAGAGUGGUGUUGGGGUUUUUUUUCCAUCUCCAUUGAAGUCUGUAUACUGAAUGUUUGUGGAAUGCCUGUAGUACUUCACAACAUUAAAUUGCAUUCAGAAUAAA